UCCUACCCGUGUCGGGCAUUUUGCUCCCAGCUAACUUUAAGAAGUUUUUGCCAGUCUUGGUUUAAACAAUACGCGUGGCUGGAAUACUCGGUGUCAGUUGAUGCUGCUUUCUGUUUUGCCUGUCGGCAUUUUCCCCACCAUGCUCGGACAUCUGGUCACUCAGAAAAGAGCUUCACCCACGCUGGCUUCAGAAACUGGAGGAAAGGAGUGGGAUCUGUGCCUACAAAACUUGUGGAAGCUGCUUCAGUGCCUGCAGACUGUGAACUGCUCAGGUUCUCUGCAGUCACAGAAGCCUGUUGCUUGUCAGGCCGACUCUGUUCCUCCCUAUCCAAGUGAUCCUCCUCAGAAAGUGAACCAGUGGCACCGGCUUCCACACCCUCCGCACCGGGAUCCGCAUCCGCGCCCGCGGCGCCAGCACCGGACCCGCCAGCAGCGGACCCAGCACCGGACCCGCCGGCCGCGGACCCAGCACCGGACCCGCCGGCCGCGGACCCAACUCCGGAGCCGCCAGCCGCGGACCCGACCGCGGACUCAGCGGAGCCGCCCGCCGCGUCAGCGGAGUGAGCCGCCCCCUGCUGUCUAUGCGGACACGUAA